ACAUUUUAUGGCUUAUCCUAUUGCAGAAGGAUGUCAAACAAUCUUCCAUUCCAUUCUCGACGAUCCCCAGUGAUUUGUUCCAGUGGAUGUGUUGCUUCCAGUCAGCCGUUGGCAUCUCAAAUUGGAAUAGAUAUUUUGAAAUCAGGAGGGAAUGCUGCUGAUGCUGCUGUUGCAGUUGCCGCAGCACUAAAUGUGACAGAGCCCUGUUCAACUGGUAUUGGUGGCGAUGCUUUCUGUUUGUUUUACGAUUCCAAAUCAAAAACAGUUAAAGGACUAAAUGGAAGUGGACGAUGUCCAAAUGAUUUGACAGUAGAUUUACUGGAAAGACAAGGUUACACAGAGGAUAAUUUCUUCCCAACAAAUCAUGGCCAUGCUGUCAGUGUACCAGGGGCUGCAGCCGCCUGGGUAGAUACAGUUGAAAGAUUUGGAAGUGGAAAGUUAUCAAUGUCAGAAAUACUAAAGCCUGCUGCUGAACUUGCUGAGGUAGGAUUUCCUGUCCAACAGACAACAUCUUACUUUUGGGAAAAAGGAUCACAUCUGCUCACCAACAGUAAAAAUAAACAUGGAAAAGACAUGUUAAUACAAGGGAGAGCACCAAUGACGGGAGAAGUGAUACGUUUACCGCAUUUAGCAAAAACUUUUCGGGAAGUAGGUACGCAUGGGAAGAAAGGGUUUUAUGAUGGAAGAAUAGGUAGUUCAAUAUCAAGCAUCGUACAGGAACAUGGCGGAGUUAUGAAUAAAGAUGAUCUGAAGAACCACGUGUCAACUUUUGAAGAUCCGAUAAGUGUAUCUUACAAAGGAUACAGGGUAUGGGAAAUCCCUCCUAAUGGACAGGGAAUGUGUGCGCUUAUUGCAUUAAAUUUGUUAGAGAGCAUUGAUCUUAAGGAGAUGGGAGUGAACUCUACUCAAUAUUUACAUCAUGUGAUUGAAGCUAUUAAAUUGGGAUUUGCUGACACAACAUGGUACUGUGCUGAUGCAAGUGUGGUUGACGUCCCAAUCUCACAAUUAUUAAGUAAAGAAUAUGCUGAACAAAGAAGAUCUCUAAUAAAUCCAAACAGAUCACUGAAAAAUCUGCAAACAGGAUAUCCGUUUAAGGGUAAAGAUACUGUAUACUUCACAACUGCAGACAAAGAUGGGAAUGCUUGUUCAUUUAUCAACAGCAACUUUAUGGGAUUUGGAACAGGAAUUGUACCUGAAGGUUGUGGAUUUACACUACAGAAUAGAGGUUAUGGAUUUAGUUUAAAUAAAGAUCAUCCAAAUGUAUUGGCACCAAACAAAAGACCAUACCAUACGAUAAUUCCUGCCAUGGUGACGUAUGACGAAGGAGGAGAUUUUGCCAUGAGUUAUGGCGUAAUGGGUGGAUAUAUGCAGCCACAAGGGCAUGUACAAGUACUUCUUAAUAUGGUAGAGUUUGGAAUGGACCCACAAGCCGCUUUAGAUCAGCCAAGAAUACUGGUUGGUGGAGGAUAUAAGUUUGACAGCAAUAUGAUAUCUGCAGAAGAGGGGAUUUCUAAAGAAGUUAUUGCAGAGCUACGUAGUUAUGGACAUACCAUGACUGGUCCAGUUAUUGGUUAUGAUCGGGCAUCUUUUGGUAGAGGUCAGGUUAUAGCACGUGGUACUUUGCCGAACUCUGACUCUCAAAGUAAAGUGUAUUGGGCUGGAACUGAUCCAAGAUGUGAUGGAAUAGCUAUAGGAUAUUAAAGUUUUAAGGAUU